ACGCCGCGCCCACGCCUAGCACCGAGGGGCUGCCGCGAGCUUUUCUCCAGAGCUUGCGCACCCUCUUCGACAUCCUGGACGACCGGCAGCGCGGCUAUGUGCACUUGCGCGAGAUCGAGUCCCGUUGGCAGGGUGCAGACGCACGCGAGCUGCCCUGCGGCGUGCUCGAGGGCCUGCGCCAGGUGGCCCCGGCCAGUGGCUACCUAACUUUCGAGCGCUUCGUGGCGGGCUUGCGCACCUCGCUGCUGAACGCCAACGGCGGCCCGAGGGAUCAGGCACGUGUCGCUCCCCGGUCUGGGGACCAGCCUUCGCUGCAGCAACGCCUGAUGUUCAUGCCGGCCGACGAGCCGCGGACUCUCCUGGAGAGGAAGCCUCUGCAGCCGAGUGCGCGCCCCGCGCCAGCUGGCCCCAGUGGCACCUCCCGGAACCCUGAGCUACUGUGUAUCCCGGCGGAGGCGGCACCCUCUCCCGAGGAGCCCGAGCGGCCCCUGAGUAAGACGCUGGAACGGAGUCCGAGCGCGGACGCGAGUACUGGGGGAGGAGCGCAGGAAAGAAUUGUAUUCACACCCUCUCUCCAACCGCUCAGGGAGCUCAUAGCCCUCCUAAAGGCAGGUGCAGCCGUCUGCAAGACCCAGGACAUAGGCACAGGUGAAACCCGGCAGGCUCCACGGGCCCGAGGUGAACGUCGAAGGCAUACCAUCACCAACGGUGUGGACUGUGGCCUGUUGAAGCAGAUGAAGGAGUUAGACCAGGAACAGGAGGUGCUGCUGCAGGGCUUGGAGAUGAUGGCUCGGGGCCGAGAAUGGUACCAGCAACAGCUGCAGCGUGUGCAGGAGCGCCAGCGCCGCCUGAGCCAGAGCAGAGCUGGAGCUGACUUUGGGACUGCAGGGAGUCCCCUCCCUCUGGGGAGGUUGCUGCCCAAAGUACAGGAGGUGGCCCGGUGCCUGGGGGAGCUGUUGACUGCAGCCUGUUCUGGCAGAGCUCUGCCCUCGUCUUCUUUGGGGCCCCUGGGCCCCACCUCUCCCUCAACACCAGUGUGGCAGCAGCAGACCAUCCUCAUGCUGAAAGAACAGAACCGGCUUCUCACUCAGGAGGUGACUGAUAAGAGCGAGCGCAUCACUCAGCUGGAGCAAGAGAAGUCUGCACUCAUCAAGCAGCUGUUUGAGGCCCGGGCUCUCAGCCAGCAGGAUGCUGGGCCCCUGGACUCCACUUUCAUCUAGCUGGUGGUAGCUUUCUAGGACAUGCACACAGACUUAGCCUCAGCUCCAUGGCUGCUGUGAGCCCGUCUUCUGGCUUAGCCCUCGGAGCCCUUGAGGGGGCACCUGCCUUCACUCUUGAGGUCUGGACUGUCCUGAGGCUUGCCCUAGGCUGGCCUGACACUAUACGGUGGGUGCUGCUCAAAGUAGUGCUCUGUCGUGCCUGAAGCUGCUACUUCAUUGUCAAUGGAUAGCAGAGGACCGUUCCUCAUGUUUAUCUGAUAUUAGGCAGCCCUGGACACAGAAGGGGGCAUGUUUACAGUUGUCCUGUCCCCUCGUGUAGGGCUCUCUAGGAUCCCUAGUAUUUAGUAAAAAGUACUGGUCACACUGGCCUGUAUUUCUCAUAA